AUGUUUAACAGAAGUAAAAAUUUUCUUUCAAAACCACCAAAAGAAAGUUUAUAUAGCAAACUUAAUGACUAUUCUAGUGGUUAUGAUAACUUCUUGUCUAAUUCUGAAAGUGGUGAUAGUAAGAUGGAUAUUACUAACGAUUGUCAAAUUUCUUCAAAUGAGCUACCAGAUUAUUUAUUUCCAAAUAAAUUUCGUUAUUGUGGAAAUUCUUUGAAAAAGAAUUCUUCAAGACCACCAAUAAUAUCUCUUGAUGAUAAUGACAUUUUUGAUGAUAAGAAAAAGAAAGUAACUUUUAGUGAAACUAAUACACUAACAAAAUCUUCUACAACACCUGUUACAUCACAAAAUCAAAACAAUACUUUAAAUCAUGAAGUUUUAUCAGAUGAGAAAUAUUGGGUCCUUGUUUUUGGUUUCAAUGAUCACAAUAGAAAAGAGGUAUUAGAAAAACUAAAAGUAUAUGGAAAUCUUGUUAAAGUUACACAACGUAAAGAUUGCACUUUUUUACAUGCCAAAUUUUCAAAUAUAAAUAGUGCAAGAAGAGCUAUUGAAGCAGGGAAUUUUUUUAUUAAUAACAAUGUACUCAUUGGUAUGCAACAAUGUAUUAAUUUGGAUUUCUUGGAAACUGAAUCUGAAUUAACAGAGGAGUUGCCUCAACUUAUUGUAAACAAAUCUAAAUUUAACACCCCUUUAGCUGAUUGUAGAAAGUUUAACAAUCAAGAAUCAUCUGAGAGUGAAGUAUCAAUGUUUCAAAAAAUUAUUAAUUUCCUACUUUAUUAA